GGAAAAGGUCAAAUUGUAUCAUUGUACUAAGCAUCCAGCAAUGAGCAGGACACGUUUUUCACUGCCUACUUUCACACUUGCACAAUUCAUGAAUCGUCGGAUAGAAUGAUUUUAAAAAAGGGACUUCUUUUAUUUUUUGAGGGUAAAUAAUCCGACAGAAAAUACCCAAAAAAGGGAUCUUUUUAAAAUUUCUCCACAUCUUCUCCCGUGAUUCCACCGCUCUUUUCUCUCCUGUUCAUCUUCCAAAUUGUUUUUAUCCCAUUUUCCAAAUUGUAAUUUUUCAGUAAGAUUGUGAUUUUUUUCUCCACCUGGGUCGCCUUAGAUUUUCUGUUUUUGGUGAAAUUGGCUCACUUACAGACUUGUAAAUACAGAUCAAAUUUGCCUGUCAUCAUCUCCAACUGUCCCCCGGGACUCUGGAAAGUAUUGAUUUUUAAAUUUUAUACGUUUGUUUUUAAUUAUAUUUUUUCCCCUUUUAUUCAUAGUGGGAGCAGCAUCCCCAUUUCUCCAGAUUUUAUACAAAUUUUAGCUAUUUUGUUGGAUUGGGGAUCAUCAAUAUUGGAUCUUCUUAAGUGGGCAUGCAGUAAUUUUGGGUAGAAAUUUGGGUUUUGGGCAUUUUGGGAUGAAGAAUCGGCGGCAAUGAGGAAUAAGGAAGAAGAAAAUGGAGGUGAGAUCAGAGAUUUUUGGACAAGCUAGGUAUGAUAAAGAUAAGGUAGCAUUACAAGGUGGGCAAGUGAUUCAGAGAACUAGGUUACAGGUCUGGUUUAUAAGGGUGUGCUCCAGCAUUUUGAUAUGGACCUGUUUGGUCCAGCUGGUGGCUGUCGGCGAGCUAUGGCAUCCCCGUUUGCUCAACGGAUUCUCAAUCUGGUCCACAUUGUCUGCCCGUGUUGAGGACGCUGUGCCACCGCCUGUCAUUCUUCCGCCUGCUAGUGAGUUUCUUGAAAGCUUUCCAAGUUUGCUGCCAUGAAUAAAUAGAAUUUGCCAGUAGUAUAGUUUAUUUGGUUGCGCUGAUUUUGUGACUUUUUGGUUUACUCUGCAGAGGAGGAAACUUUGUCUUCUUUAUUGGUAGAGGGUCGGGGUGAAAAGUAAGAAGAAUUACAUUUUAUGUUAGAAUUGUAGAGGGUCGGGGUGAAAAUUAAGAAGAAUUACAUUGUUUGUUAGAAUUGUUUCAUAGUUGGUCUUAAGGUUCUAGUUGCUACUUAAGGUCUCAGCCAUAGGUGAAUAUUUGUUUACUUGAUCCCUUAAAAUUUGUUACGAUCUCAGAACAAAAGAAGAGUGUUAUAUUGUGACUUUAAACCUAGUUGAUUGCUCAACUCACGUAAACUUCAAAUGAGGGUAAAUUGUGUGGAAUAGCUUGCACGGAUAAAUGGUGUGUCUUUAUUUAUGAAGCCAGGCUCCAAUUUCUCAUUAUGUGGUUAUUGUUUAGAGUAGUUGGUCUAUUAGAUGCUGUAUCUUUUAAUGCAGGCAUUACCAAUUUAGACUUAACCUAUCACAUUGAAGAUGUUGGUUUCUUCUGAUAUGGCUACAAAUUAAGUUGUCACCGUCUUUAUUUGAUGCUAGCACAGCACAAGAGUCCUUUUAAAGGCACCUUAUGUUGUUGACUUGUUAUCACUAAUAUUUGCUGUUCCCUUGUCCAUCCCACUUGCAUUAACAUUGGAGCAUCUAUUAAUGCUUUAUAUGAUGCGUGCAUAUGGAUGAUAGAACCAUUUUUUUUUACUUGUACGUCAAUUUAGUCCAUCUUGACCCCCCAGACCCCAACCGCGUUGGGAAUAUACUGGGUAUGUUGUUGUCGUCAAUUUAGUCCAUAAACUUCUUGCAUGCACUGAGAAGUCAUUUUAUCAAGCAGGAAACUACACAAGUAAUGGUUUUCUAAAGGUGUCCUGUAACGGAGGUUUGAAUCAGAUGCGUGCUGCGGUAUUUGUCUUCUUAUUUAUUUUUUAUUUUUUUCUUUCUCAUUGGGCUCUUCUCUAUCAGAAGGAUUAAUUUAUACAACUUGGAAUGUAGAUAUGUGACAUGGUGACUGUGGCUCGGCUUUUGAAUCUCACGUUGGUUAUUCCAGAGCUUGAUAAAAAAUCAUUCUGGGCUGAUCCGAGUAAUUUUGAGGACAUUUUCAAUGUGAAGCACUUUAUUGAUUCAUUACGAGAUGAAGUUCGGAUUAUUAGGAGGUUGCCAAAAAAGUUUGGAAGAAGAUAUGGGUACCAAAUUCUAGAAAUGCCUCCAGUUAGCUGGUCUAGUGAGAAGUACUACUUGGAACAGAUCUUGCCGUUAUACGCCAAGUACAAGGUGAUACACUUCAAUAGAACAGAUACUCGAUUUGCGAACAAUGGGAUUUCGCUUGAACUUCAAAGGCUAAGGUGUCGAGUAAAUUUCCAAGCACUGAAGUUCACGCCUGCAAUUGAAGCUUUAGGACAAAAGUUGGUCCACAUCCUUCAACAAAAUGGAACUUACAUAGCAUUGCAUCUAAGAUACGAGAUGGACAUGCUGGCCUUUUCUGGUUGUACACAUGGAUGCACUGAGGAGGAAGCAGAGGAGCUUAAACGACUAAGAUAUGCAUUCCCUUGGUGGAAAGAGAAAGAGAUUAUAUCUGAAGUAAAGAGAGCUGAGGGCUUGUGUCCUCUUACUCCAGAGGAGAUGACUUUAAUCCUCAAAGCAUUGGGUUUUGAUAGAGAUACCCAGAUAUACAUUGCAUCUGGAGAAAUAUUUGGUAGUGAAAGGAGGCUUGCUGCUCUAAGAACUGCCUUCCCAAAAAUUGUGAAAAAGGAAAUGCUGCUAGAUCCUGAAGAUUUGAAACAGUUCCAAAACCAUUCGUCUCAGAUGGCUGCCCUUGAUUUUAUUGUUUCAGUUGCCAGUAAUAUAUUUGUUCCCACUUAUGAUGGGAACAUGGCAAGGGUGGUGGAAGGCCAUCGUAGGUAUCUGGGUUUCAAGAAAACCGUCCAACUUGACCGGAAAAAGCUUGUAGAACUGUUGGAUUUGCAUCAGAACGGGACACUUUCAUGGGAUGAGUUCUCUGGAGCGGUCCGCUUGGCACAUGAGAAGAGAAUGGGACAGCCUUCACGCCGUAAAGUACUUACUGACAAACCCAAAGAAGAGGAUUAUUUUUAUGCAAAUCCUCAAGAGUGCCUUUGUGAUGGGACUAGUUGUGAUGAUUUGCUGGGACCUGGUAAUUUAAAUACCACUAGAUGAAGGGAGUCGUUGGAGGCCGGCCCCCAUUUGUUAUUCAGUUCCAAGAGCCAUUGCUGGUCACCAUGGUGAAGAAACCAUGAUUUCUUUUUUCAACUUGCGAAGGCUAGGAACUACGAAUGUUCAAUACACUUGCACAUGGAGAUUCUUUUAAGAAAUCAAGGAAAGUGCCCAAGUCAUUGGCAGUGGAGGUGGCUUGUUCAUACACGACGAGCUUGGUAAGAGGCAGCAUGAAACAUUGGGAGAAGAGAGGCAUUAGACGUUCCACUUGGGUACUAGAUGUAUUCUUUCAUAGUGUUCAUAUGUAAUUGGUUUUGUCUUAAUAAUUCAUAAUGUGUUAAUUUUUUAGCAUACGAGAAGCUGUGGGGGAAGAAAGCUAAUUCUUUUCUGCAAACAACUGAUUCUGUUUAUGCCACUCCCACCACUUGCCUGAUGAGUAAACUGACAGUGCAAGAAAGGAAGGGAGUGCUGCUUAGGUGAGUAUAAUGAUCAGCUAUCAGAGGUCAAAUUUCUGUAAUCUUCACGAUAUCGGAAAUGUUAAUAAUUUGUGAGGUUGUGGAGUUACUGAUUAUAUUAAUGGAUACAUACAGAAGAUGAGUUUACUCAAUAGUUGAAGCAUAGAGUACUUUGAUCUUGCAGAUGUCCUAAGAAUUCUGGCUUAACCUUUUGAUUUGCCGUGUAGUGAUGUUUUUAAAAUCAAGAUUUCACAGAGGAUCAUUUUGGCGUCUCAGGAUCGGAUCAGAUUCUGGAUCGGAAAGAUCGGAUUGGCGGAUCGAAAUUAUUUAAAAUAUUAUAAUAAUUCUGAAAUUGCAAGUUUCAAUUUGUUAGUUCAAUUCUUGUUUGAUUUUAUAGAGAACAAGUAGAUUAGUACCCGCAUAAGUAUCAUUAACUCA